CGACGACGCUGAAGGGGUGGCCCCUCGCUUGCUCUCCCUCCUUGACGACGACGAACACGAGACGAAGAAACCUAGUGCGAUCAACAUCAUGCAGUGCUACUUCCUCGAGUACGAUGAGGAGGGCAAAAAGAGAAGAGACGCGCCGAGGGUGGUAAUUGACGUCAUGCAGAUUUUUCGAAUUCCGGAGGGAGAUAUCGCCUUCAAUCAGCGAUCGCUGAACAUGGCCAUCCUUGCAGGCCUCGAUGCGGCAAUCAAGUCGUCAACUGGGCCAACGGGCGAGGAUGAUCCUGCUCCCUGGGAACCACCGGAGUUGGUGCUGGCUCCGAUUACGCCAUCGAAGGACUAUCCGGACAGGCAAGGGACACGAGUCCUUCCAAAGGACUUUGAUCCCGAUAGGGUAGAUGAGUACUUCUAUUACCCGGUUGUCGGCCAGCAUACUGCCGAAGCCAUGAAAAGAGCAGUGGCGAAGAGAUCCGCAGCAGCGGACGUGUUCGGCUUUCGAAAUUAUGAUCGCGUACGGAUCAUUUAUUUCGACGACGACCAUAGGAACGGGUAUGUGUAUGUUUCGACAUACGACAACUCGAGAGGUGACCGCGCUAUGUUGCCGUCGUUCGACCAAGCCUGCGAAGACAUCAGAAAUUAUUGGGAUUCGAAGAAACGGAUCGGACCUGUGGGGAACGUGUCCAAAACGGAUCCCGUCGGUGUGACGCACCAGGAAGAGUGGAGGAAAUUCAUGAGAAUUUGCAUGAGCCGGUUAUGUGACAAAUCCUUGUGGACUGAGGCUUUGGCUACGAAGUGGCAACAAGACUGCACGAACAGGAUGAGGGGAUACAUGAAUGGGAAGAAGGAGGUGUUCCAUUGCAUUGCGGCUAAGGAAGGGGGACCAAAUGCAACGGUGUCCUUCAAAGAUCUCGUUCCAUCAAACUUCAAAUGUUUUGGGGAUAUGACGGCACGAGAGAAGGAAAUCGCUUUGCGCUUGAUGAUCAAUAAGAAAGUCAUCGCCACAACUAGACUGGUUCCUCCUGGGAAGAUGAACAUGACCAACCUCCUCGAGAUUAUAAUGCGCGAGAGAUACAUGAUGCGUUUGUUCAACUACAUCGUCUUCAAAUUGGAGAACAGACAGGCGAAUGAGUGGAAGGAGGAGUUCUUCUUCGACUGUGAUAAAAUGGAGCAAAGGUUUGGCGUGAAGGCAGGCGAAUGGGAUGAGGAGAGGGAUAGGAUCCCUUUGGAAUACGCCCGGAGGGUUCCGAAAAGACUCGGCGGAGAGCAAGAGGAAAAAGACAUGAAAGAAGCUGGUCUAAAGGCCACGGAGGGAUUGUACAGGGACGCGCCAUUCCACUUCAAGUACUUCGUGUACCAUGCCAUAAGGAAAGUGGACUUGCUGACAGCUGAGUUGCGACGGUUGAAGAACGCUGCGCUUCAUCUGUGUUGGGAGAAGAAAGGGCGACGGUCGACAUUGUUGCCGGUCAACAUGCACCCGAAGGAGUUGCUGUCCACGAUCGACGAAAUUGUGACUGCAGCCACGAACUUGAAUUGCAAGGCCGCCAUCCUCGAUCUCACAAACCCGAAGGACUGCCUUGCAUGGUCGCCGACCGAUUUCGAUGCUCUGCAGAAAAUGAUGUCGAAAUUGUGCGACAAUAAUUGGAUAUUGAUUGUUUUUGCCCCGCAAAAACAACAAAAGAUCGUAAUGCGACAACUUUACAACAGGGACGACGUAGAGGUGAUACCUGAGACUUGGAAGCGUUAUCUCGGGGUCGGGACGGCUGUCAGCAAGUACGGAAACUGGCAAGUCGAUUACAAGGACACCAUGUCGAUCGUUCUGCAUGCCGAGGGCGACGACCUCAAGAAGGUCACGAGGGUCCCUAAGUUGGAGGCGGAGCUAGUGGAACUCAACGUUGAGGAAGAGAAGUUCAAAAGGUGCACAGCAAAGCACGACGACAAUGAAGGAAACGAACGAGAGGAAUAUGGGCGGUGGGAACGACAUCUUACACAGUUGCAAAAGUUAUGUAGUUCGUUUCUGCACGAGGAUCAAGGGGUGAUACUUAUCGGAAAGCCGCAUGAUAGACUUGUGUGGGAGCUUCUGCGCGCGGGCUAUCAUGUUUUUGCAUGCGACGCGUCGUCCAAAGACAUCUCGUACUUGACGAAGGCCAUCGACAUUCUUGGGAAGGACAUGAGAAACGAUUGCACGGUUGAGAGGCAGAAGACUGCGCAUCGUCCGGACAGAGAUAUGUACCACAAGCUGGGCAAGAAGAGAAACAAGAUGUGGGACUAUCUGUUCCAAGGCCAACCCCAGUCGCCAUUCGAGCAUGACUACAUAGUUCGCAAAGCGAUGGCACAAGAAGCGUAUGGUGGUUACCACAAAGCGCAGGUGGGUGCGUUUGCGAUGUUUGUGGCGCUAUGCGAGCAACUGAAGUUCACGAGAAAUCGGACAAUGCUGACAUACGAUGACUAUAGUAACCUUGCGAAGAGAACAGAUGCAUGGUUUCCGAUCGAGAGCGACGAGGAGACUGAAACCUUAGACCUCGAAGUCGAAGAGCGAGUGAAACGUUCGCGAGAGGGAAUGCAAAGUGUGCAUGCAUGCAACGUGCAGAACAAGAAUCCAGAAGGAGGUCCCACGAACUCGGGAGGUGCGAGCAGUCCUGCACGUGAUGUGACGGACAGGGCAAGUUUCAUCGACCAGAUGCAAACGGAUUCGCCGACGCCCCUGCAAGCACUUGCGGGUUCAGGGAACGACUCCAUCUGGAGGAAACGCGGACCGCGACAUGCUGGCAGACAAUGAGGAAGAUGACAUUGUUGUUCCAGAUCCAUCCCCGAAGCUCAUGCCUGGUGAUGAUAUCCCCGAUCGCAUUGUGCAGGACAGUGC